CUCUCGCAGUCGCUCUUUCUCGUCGCCGUCGUCGCCAUCCUCGCCCCCUCGCGCUCCGCCCGGCCGCGCCGCUCCGCCCCCCGUCCCAGGUCAUGCUGCUUGUCGGCAGACCAGCGCCGCCCGCAACAUCAACACCAUGGCCAUGACGCCCACCGACCAGAAGCGCAGCUCCACGGGCAGCCGCGUGCUGGGCAUGACGGGCCCCGCAGGCGACGCCGGCCUGCCGCCGUCGCGCCCCUCGUCCAUCACGACGGCGCACUCGGGCAGCCAGAACCGGUGGUCGCAGGCCAGCCCAGCGCGACGAGGCGGAGGCAGCAUCAGCAUGAGCCGCCCGACCACGGCCACCAGCAGAACGCAUGUCCCGCUCGCCGCCCACGGCUUCUUUCGCCCCAUGAGCUCGCAGCGGCUGCAGCAGCAGCGCAACCAGCGCCCCACGUCGCUGCUCGGCCACAGCUCGCUCUACUCGGACGCGACGCACGACACAAACAACAACCACUACCGCUCCAGCACCGGCUCCACCUACACCAACCGCGCCCUGCCCACGCUGGGCCUCCACCACGAGGAGGACCUGCUGCCGCCCUCGCGCGGCACCGACAUCACGGACCGGGACAUGCCCGACCGCACCACGGCCAACUCGACCCCCACGGGCGCAGAGACGGUGCGCAGCCACGGCGAGAGCAUCACGCCGCUGCAGCGGCCCCGCCCCAACCACCUGAACCUCACGGGCGUGCACAGCGACCCCACCAAGCUGCCCACGCCCAGCAAGUCGCCGCGCUCCUUCCGCUCCAGCUUCAUGAUCUCGAGCCGCGACGGCCGCCCCAGCCAGAUGCGCCCGCACCAGGGCCACGAGAAGCUCACGUCGGCCGAGCCCUCGCCGCGGCUGGCGCGCAAAGAGGCCACCAAGGCCGCCGUCAAGCGAGAGCUGGGCAAAAACUACCAGUACUUUACCGGCAACACUGCUUUUUGCUGGGGCGGCCGCCUGCAAAACACGCGCGACCGUCCAGUUAAUGUGGCGACGGCCAUACUCAUAAUCCUGCCGGCUGGUCUCUUCUUCGGUUUCUCGGCGCCCUGGCUUUGGCUCAAUGUUUCUCCUGCGAUACCCAUUCUAUUUGCUUAUUUACUUCUCGUUUCUGUGUCUUCGUUUAUACAUGCCUCUGCUUCGGACCCCGGUAUACUCCCCCGGAAUCUACACCCUUUCCCCCCACCUAAUCCUAAUGACGACCCGCUGAGCCUUGGUCCGCCGACGACGGAAUGGACCAUGGUUGUGUCGGCAACUGGCGCCAACGCCGCCAUGGAGGUGCCGACAAAGUACUGCAAAAGCUGCAACAUCUGGCGCCCCCCACGCGCUCACCACUGCCGUGUGUGCGACAAUUGCAUCGAGACGCAGGACCACCACUGCGUUUGGCUCAACAACUGCGUGGGCCGCCGCAACUAUCGCUAUUUCUUCGUGUUUGUCUGCGCCACCACUUUGUUGGGACUGUUUCUCCUCGGUGCCAGCUUGGCGCAUAUCCUAAUUUGGCGGGCACGGUCCGGCGCUUCGUUUGGCGAGGCCAUAGACAAGUGGCGCGUUCCGUUUGCCAUGUGUAUAUAUGGACUGCUGGGCUGGACGUACCCCUUCAGUCUGGGUGCAUACCACCUGUUUCUGGUGGGCAGAGGCGAGACGACGCGCGAAUAUCUCAACUCGCACAAGUUUCUCAAGAAAGAUCGUCACCGGCCCUUUACGCAGGGCUCAGUGCUCAAAAACUGGAUUGCCGUGCUGCAGCGCCCGCGGCCCCCAACCUACCUGCACUUCAAGCGGCCGUACGAAGAAGGCGACCAGCGCUUUGGUCCUCGCAGAGACAAGCGGACGGCGCCGCUGGCUCCCGAGCAGCAAGGCGGAGGAGUGGAAAUGCAGGAUGUGCGCGCCGCAGACGGCUUCCAGGGCCCGACUGGCCGGUCACCACACAGCACGGCAGAUGCAGGUGCUGCAUAGAUACAUGCCCAGAUCAGGCCUUUUCUGAUCGAUUUAUUAUGAUUACAUUAGCUGUAUUGAGUUAUAGCGUUUUACAUCUCUCAUCCGUACAUGAUAAGCCUGGCUGCUAUAUCUUUUGAGAAAUGACUGCGGACUUUUUUCUUCC